UCGAAACAACAAAUUCAUCAUCUUUAUGAUUUCUUGCAGGCUGAUUCUCCUCGCAAAAGGUAUUCCCGCUCUCCUUCACCUUGGGAAGAAAAGUCAAGGUCUCGCUCUCGAUCCCCAACUAGAUCACAGUCAAGGCCAAGAGGAAGAUCCAGGUCCAGAAGUCAUGGAAGGGCUGAAGAAACUAAUCCCGGAAACACACUCUAUGUGACUGGAUUAUCUUCAAGGGUCACUCAAAGGGAUCUUGAAGAGCAUUUCUCAAAGGAGGGAAAGGUGAAGUCAGCUUUUCUGGUUGUGGAGCCCCGUUCUCGCAUCUCUCGUGGUUUUGCUUUCAUAACAAUGGAUAGUCUUGAGGAUGCCAAUCGCUGCAUUAAGCACCUUAAUCAGUCCGUCCUUGAAGGCCGGUCCAUAACAGUGGAGAAGUCUCGUAGAAAACGCCCAAGGACUCCAACACCUGGUCAUUAUCUUGGGCUUCAUCAGAGCGGAAGGGGUGAUGGUUAUCAUGGUGAUCGUGGUAGGUAUCGUGGCCGUGGUGACUAUGGGUACCGAAGAUCUCCAAGACGCUCUCCAUAUAGAGGUGGGAGAGAUUAUUCUCCUAGACGCUCACCUUAUGCUGAAGGUCGAGACGUGCCCGAUCCCGGUCAUAUUCUCCUUAUGAAAGGAACUACCCUCGUGGUUAUAGAUAAGGGGGUUUCACAAGGCACAUGCGGUUUCCUCCUCAGCAAUGAAAACUGCUUGUAAGGAUGUAUAAGUUUGAU